AUGAUCGUGGAAUCGUGGGAUAUUUCAUGGGUGUUAUUUAUUGGUGAAGAGAACUCUGGUUCUUUGGUCCAUUCCGAAAUAGUUUUUCCAAGAAGUUCUGAAUCAAGUGGUGGGAGAGUAUCUUCGAUUAGUACUUCAGCGGUAAUAUCCAGAAUGUUGGUUGCAUUAGAAUCGGACAAUGAAACACCAAUUGAAGAUUCUGUCGUUCAUAAAAACGAAAAGCCGAGUGAUGACUGCAACAUUACAUUUAAUGAUAAUUUAUCUGUUACCGAUAAUGAAACAAAAAGAAAUACUUCAAAUUUUGAACUUAACAAUCUCGAUUUGGGUACUAUUAUUUCAGGACCAGUUCAACCCAUAUUAAAGAAAUAUCCUACUACAAAAUUUGGUGACCAGAAUCGAGCGUUUUCUGCAAGCUACUUUGCAAAAUUUGAUUGGUUGGAGUACAGUAUAAUUAAUGAUGCAAUAUAUUGCUUUGCUUGCCGCAACUUUAGUACUGCUUGUAGUGAAGAUUCAUUUAUUCAAGGUUUUAGAAAUUGGAAAAAACUCUAUGGUAGUCGAGGUUCUGGAAAAAAUAAGCAAACUAAACUUGAAGCUCAUGGUUCAACCAAGUUUCAUAAUACAUGUAUGACUAAAUGGACUGCAUACAAGGCAACUAAACUUUCAGGAAGUGUUCAUACUCAAUUAUCUAAUGCUCAUAAACAACAAAUUGUGGAUAAUAGAAAUUAUAUUAAAACAAUAACAGAUAUCAUACUGUACUUGGCACGUCAGGGUCUAGCAUUUAGGGGACAUGAUGAGAGAUUAUGUUCAAACAACCAAGGAAACUUUAAAGAGGCCUGUAAACUAUUUGCUAAACAUAAUGCUCAGUUUGCUAAUUAUCAUAAUAAUACUAUUAACUAUGGAAGUUGGUUGAUUCAGAAUGAUAUUGCCAAUAUUUGUGCUCAACAUGUUAAGAACUCUAUUAUUGAUGAAGUUAAGAGUUUUAGUUCAUCUACAUGCGAGCGAUCUUUUAGUACAAUGAGAAGAGUCAAGACUUGGCUCAGAACCACCAUGGCUGAAGAUCGUUUUAGUUCUUUGGCUUUAUUAAACAUUGAAAGGGAUUUAUCAAACAAAAUUGAUUCUGAAGUAAUUGUCAAUAAAUUUGCGGAACAAGACCGAAAGAUUGUGCUAAAAUAA